AGGCUCCAGCGAUACCGCCGAUACGUGGUGCUGAUAAGCGCAGUCGCGCAACCGCAACUACUGUUGAUAUAGCUGUCCUGAACGAUAGAUCCCAUUUGUUCUGGAUUCUCUCAUCAUGAUUUCUGACGUAGACUACUGAUUUCUAAACGAUACUUGUGAGUUUUGAUAAAAGAUCUGUUUUUACACAUUACACUGAAUGCUGCUCCUCAUCUUCUGAUAAGUUACAAAAUCUGCUAAAUGGACAGGGUAUUAUUGUUCGUUCCUCAAAAUCGGUUUCUUUUCGUUAAAGUUUAAACUUUCAGUUUCUACUUGAUUGUUGUAAUCGUGUCGGGUUAAGGUCGUUAAGGAUAAUAAUUACCAGUUAUAGUUAUAACCGUUUCCAUAUUUCGUGUGCUUAGUGGGUGAAUCAUUUAAGCACACUGGAUGUGUGAAAAUCGUCGAACAAGUGAAGUGAAUGGCAAACGAGCAACCUGCACAACCUCCAGCUGACUAGCGUGAGUUUUUCAAAAGCUGUAUCUGCAGCUGGGAAGUGUAGUAUUCAUCAAAUUUUUAUAAUCAGUAUAAUGCAAUAUGGCAAAUCCAGUUAAUCCUGGCAGUGAGAUAUCUAAAUUUAUUGUGGAUGAUACAUACAUGGUGGAAACUGUUGCCGAGCCCGAAAUCAGUGGAGAUUCUGUUGUGAAGACAGUUCUUAUCAAAGAACAUGAAAUAGUGUUGCCUCCAGUAACCAAUCAGAAUGCUGAAACAUCUGCAGCGGAUGGAUUAAAACGUUCCGAGGAGGAGAAGUCCUCUACUACGUCCGAGAUUGUCAAUGCAGAUCAGGAAUAUGCUCCGAAGCUGGACGACGGAAUAGACGACGAAACGACGCUGGACGAUGAAGAGCAGAAUGGGAUCGCGGACGAGGAAGAACUGGAUGAGCUCCGCACUCUCCAGGAGAUGCCUCUGGAAGAGCUGCUGAAAAUGUACGGCGGAGCAGCGGCCGCACGCAGUAAACCGCCUGCCGAGGAAACUGUGGAAACCGAGUACACACAAGAAGAACUGGAAGCCAGUGAUCAGGCGCCACAAACCAGCCAUGCAGCGACAGCGUCACACGGCGAUGAAACUGUAGCUGGGGAAAGUUUUGCUGAUGAGGAGGACGGUUCAUCGAGUGACGAAGAGGAUGAGGAUGCCGCGAAUCCCGACGAUGAAAUCGGCGCGGAAAUGGGGCGUAAUGAUCUGUUGAAGUUUCUGUCACGAUUAAGGAGUCAUGGUGUGGAGAAUGAAGGGGAGGAAGAUGAUUCCUCGUCAGGGGAUGAUGAAGAAUUUGUACCGUUUCGACUGCUUAUGCUGAAGCGCGAAAUCCCCAUGGGGCCGGCGCAUCAGGUCGAGACUCCUGACGUGGAUGUAUUCUAUGAUGAAAAUGUGUCGGAACCGUCGGAUCAAGUAUUACAGUGGUCUCCGCACUUACCAGAAUCCAUCGUUAGAGAAUAUUUGAAAUCCGCGUACGUUCAAGAACGUGAAUUAUUGAAGCAAGAAAUCGACCCAGCUCAGUUGGAUCAGACAGAUGUCGCUGACGAUGAGGAAUUUCUAAAAGAACUGCUUGAUUGCAAUUACGACACAAACGAAGCGUUACGACGCUGUCGGCGAAACUUUCGUCCCGGCCGCUAUGAAAGCUCCAAGUGGUCAGAAAAAGAAUGUGAGGAUUUCGAGGCAGCAAUUGUUGAUAACUGGAAGCGUUUUAAUAUUGUUCAAACAGCUGUUCCUACCCGCACCGUUAAGGAAGUUGUGGACUUCUACUAUCGAUGGAAGAAAUCUAAUCGGUUUGAAGUUUUCCUGGCUAAAAUACGCCUUCCGGAUGGAAAACCUCAUGAACAUUUAGAGGAGAAAAUACGCGUACGAAUUGGUAAGAAAAGGGCAUUCGACGCUAUGGAUGCCGUUGCUGAAAAUAAUUUAUCCAUACCGGAAGCUAGUGGUUCUGGAGAAAGCAAGACGAAAGCUGCACGGCUGGAAACAACACGAGAUGAACUACCUAGCCUACCCACCGACUCAGAACAGGAUAAAAAGAACGCAGAUCAGUGAGCUGUUCGAAAAGAAAACUAUUUUGCGUUGCAGUUAAAUCUUCCAGUUAUUGUUUUAUUUGUUUUGGCAUGACCACAAAUCACGUGCAAAAUUUUGGCAGUUGCAUACCGUAAUUUAUUUGUUUUUUUUAUUUUAAAGUCUUAGUUAUAUCUUAAUCAUUGCUUUUAUUUUUAUCGUACGGGUAAUUCAUUCAGACGUACUUUUAUCCUAUCUGGCUGGUUUUUGACUGAAUUCUUUGUGUUCUUGCGUUAGUCUUGAACAUUACCAUUUUUUAUCGAAGCGAUAUUCUGCACUUAUUGCUACAGUACUUAUGUGCUCCGAAAACGAUGUAGUACUCUGACCCUCUUGCAGAAGUAAACCGUAUUUUGCU